ACAACAACAGCGGUUGGGUUAGGCGGUUACAAGGAGAGUAUAUUCACUCUAACGUAUACCAAACUUCCCAAAAAUGUAUUACGUCUUUUUGGCGGAUAGGGCUUAUUAUGCAUGUUUCCAUCUGUCUCUUUUGUAUACUGUAUGAAUUGAUCAAAACAAAGUUAAAAAUUUGAAAUAAUUCUCUAUAUUAUUAAACGCGCGAUAUAUACAUUUUAAUUCUACGCAAAUAUAUGCAUUUGAAAUCAUUCCAAUACUCUGGUAAACAGGUUAGGAAAUCCAAAGCGUUCUACCAAAUCACAAACGAACAAAAUACGAGUGCAUAAAUACCCAUCAAAAAAAGAAAUUUCAAUUGCAAUGGCAAGUAAUGGCACCCGUCAACUACUUCCAGGUGUGAAUGGCCAUGUUCUCAAUCAUUUCAUCAAGAGACUGCUGAAUAAUAUAUGCGACUUCUACGAUGAGCAGGACCUCAUAGAUGUAACAUUUAUGUUGUCUAAUCCGACUGCUAUGAUUCCAGCACACCGCUUGAUACUCUCAGCGGCAAGUCCAUAUUUUAAAGAUUUAUUCAAAAGUGACAAGGGCUUUAAUCCUGUUAUUGAAUUAACGAACAUUGACAGUGACACUUUUGAGCGUUUGAUAACAUUUUGCUACACCGGCAAGGCCCUCAUAACCAUCGAAAAUGUGGACGUAAUGCUGAAGGGAGCAAUAUAUUUGAAGUUGGAUGAAGCAGUUGUCGGUUGUGUUGACUAUAUUUUGCAGCAUAUAUCUGAGUAUACACUGCAGCGGGCAUAUUGCUUACAGCGUGAAACUCAGUGUGUACCACUGUAUGAGAAACUCUUGGAAUAUGAAAUAAAUAAUUUUAUGGAGAUAAGCCAACGCCCGGAGUUUCUCAGUUUUGAUGCUGAAAAAUUGCAGGCAAUAAUAGAAAGCAGUAAUUUGAAUGUGACUUGUGAGGAAGAUGCCUUUCAUGCUGUGAAGCAGUGGUAUGAAUACGAUGCUUCUGGGCGGCAACAAAAACUUCCCGAUUUAAUCAGUAGCUUACGCUUGACCCUUUUUGACACAAAGUUCUUAUUGAGAAAUGUCCAAACACUUCCUGGAUGUGAGCCAUUGGCAUUCAAGGCAAUAUCGUGGAUUUCGCUUCCUUCAGACCGUGCAAUGAUAUCGAUAAAGUACACAGACCCUCGCAGAAGUAUAUGCAAAAUGUCGGCAGAGACAACUUUGCUUGCGGUGCAAGCUUAUGAUCUUAAAGGCACAAUUUUUCAAUAUAACCAAACUGGGGAUGAAUGGGAAAAAUACGCUCAAGUAGAACAUGAUGCAGCCGCAUACGGCAUGGUUCUUAUGGAAGACAAUAUUAUUUACAUUGGUGGUGCAAGAAAUGGUGAAAUAAUUAACGGUGUUAAAAGCUGGAGCUUAAAAACGAAAACGUGGAGGACAUUGCCUUCAAUGAUUCUGUCAAGACGUUGGCCAAGUGUUGUACUAUUAAAUGGAAAUGUAUACGCGAUUGGUGGAGAUAACUCAGAUCGACAAUAUACAAAGUCUGUGGAAAAGUAAGUAUCCAUGAAAAUAAGCAGCAUUUUUAACAUUCCAGGUACAAAAAAAAAAACAAUUUCAAUUGAUAAGCAUUUUCCUUAUAUGGUCAAAUGCAACUGUAUUUGCUGUAAAGUAGUUGCAAAAAAACUGACUUACAUUCAUCACACAAAAUUAUUGGCCCACUUAGGGCCAAAAUCACAGUGCGUAUUUAACCACCGACAAGAGUUUAAACUUGUAUGCCUCUAUAGUUUAACCCUU